ACAUUGCUCCCUUACCAACAGAAAAACUGCAUCUCUGUCUGUAUCUGCUGCUGGUCAAAUAUGUUUUAUUAUCUUAUCUGAGUCAUUUAUUCUUUCGUCCAUCAGUAACUACAUUUCUGAGCAGAGGAAGAAAAAGAGGAAAAUAUUUUUGUACUAAACUGAACUCUCGAGGAAACCAGACUAACACUGUUGGUGAAGAUGAGAUCAGCUGGAGUUUCUGUUUUCUUGGUGUUUCUUUUGUUGGAUUUGUCAGAUAACGUUUCAAAAUCAAAGAAUCGGAUUAAACCACAAACAACAACCCCGACCCCUCUGGUUACCAGUCCUGCCCCCCCACAACCCCUGAAGCCCCCCCACAACCCCUGAAGCCCCCCCACAACCCCUGAAGCACCUCAGGAAGACGUGUUUCUGGGUCCAAAUAAGUGUCUAGAAGAGAAGUUAACUCGUGCAUCAUGUCACCUGGUGUUUUGUCCUCCAUGGGAGCGCUGCAUCGAAGGACAUUGCUCCUGUAAACCACCAUACCUGUGUCCCGCUGAGGACGUGAAACCGGUUUGUGGGCUGGACAAUAGAAACUACCGCUCCUACUGCCAGGUAAGGGCUCUGUCAUGUCGGACCAAGAGGCCCACCAUGUCCCACUUUGGGGAGAAAUGUGGAGCGAGUCAUCAAAAGUUCACAAGUGUAAUAGACCGGUACACAGGAGUGGUCAAGGUCUUCAUUCCUGACUCUCUGAGACCUGAUGGUGGGGAGGAGUUACUGGUAUGCCAGAAGAUCUGGAACAUUGCGGCUGCUAACGUUGCCUGCAAGGAAGAUGGGAAGCCACUUGGUGCGGUAACUGCUGGUUCCAUGUCUUACGAUUCCCUGACAACCGACCACCACAACAAGCAGUUCCCAAGCCGAUGUGUCAGCGUCCGCUGCCAAGGUUACGAGACUUCCCUAGCUGAGUGUGUAAUCCACGACAAGAUCAGUAUCGGCAACGAAAGUGUUGCUACGGCAACCUGUUAUACGGCACCACAUGAACCGGAAGAGUGUGGCUUCCAAUGUGUCAACACAAAGUGUGUCUCUCUGAACCAGACCUGCGAUGGAGUUGAUGACUGUGGCGACCGCAGUGACGAGAUGUGCUGCAAAAAAUGCAGAAACGGCGGUUUCCACUGCAAGACGGGUGUUUGUGUGCAUCAAGAGGCGAUUGGUGACGGACAAAGGGACUGUCUGGAUGGAGAUGAUGAAUCAGAAAAACACGCCUUCAAAAAACCAGAAUUGAAGGCCAGACCACUACCAACCUUUGAGUACAUCUCUCCCAAAGACGAAACGAGGGCCGACAGAAAAUAUAUGGAGACCAACUUAUACUGCGGGAUUCCCAACUCCACCACGGUGGACGACGUGGCAGUGGAUAAACGACCACAGAACGGCCGCUACAAGAGGGUGGUGGGAGGAGUCCCAGCGAACCCGACUCAGAUCCAGUGGCAGAUUGCUCUGGUGGAGAACAGGAAGAUCGAUUGUGGAGGCGCUUAUAUCGGAGGAUGCUGGGUAAUCACUGCUGCUCACUGCGUCAGGCCCAACCCCUAUGCGUUCAAGGUGAAGUUUUCUGUCUGGAAGAAGUUUCGAGCUCAGAACACAACCGACAUCGUUCCCGUUGAAGACAUUCACAUCCACCCAAGGUACAACGCCCUCACCUAUGAGAACGACAUCGCUCUGGUGAAGCUGCAGAAGCUUCCAUUCCAGGAGAAAUGUCUGGUGGACAACCCGGCCGUCAGCGCCGUCUGUGUCCCCUGGUCCACCCAACUCUUUCAGCCCAACCACACCUGCAGCAUCUCUGGAUGGGGUCGAACCGCCGAUGGCAGAGCGGCUCAGGUGUUGCUGUGGGCCAAUGUGUCCCUCAUCGCCGACUGUCAGAACUUCUACAAAAAUCGCUUCAAGCCCGGCAUGAUGUGUGCGGGCGACCUGGACGGCAGCGUGGACUCCUGUCAGGGCGACAGUGGAGGGCCGCUGGUCUGCGAGGACGAAAUGGGAGUUUCCUACCUGUGGGGCGUCGUCAGCUGGGGAGAGAGGUGUGGUCAGCCAGGGUUCCCCGGAGUUUAUACACAGGUGGCUCAUUACUUUGAGUGGAUACGACGUCAUACAGGGUGGCCCGCCGUCACCAAGUUCAACUCCUGAUAAGGCGAACACACUCUUACAGAACACGUUGAAUUAAGACUCAAGCUAUCACAAACCUUAAAUAGCCUAUUAUUAGUUCACUGAUUUUAUUAGAAUCGUAUUGUGUUGCAUUGUGCUGUACAGUGUCGUACUAUAGUGUUUUCUGUACUGAUAUUAGGACACUAAAUGGACUGCAGACACAAAUUAGCUCUCGAGCUAACUCUGGCACAUUUACAUUGAGAUGGAAACUGAAAUGGGGAUUAAUGUGCACUGUCCCUGGUUAAUAAAUGAUAUAAAUGUAAAAAUUAAAUGAAAUAAAAUACUGCUUUGUUCAAUAGAA